AUAACUUGUAUAUCAAUAGCCAAUUGGUUCAAUUCGGUUUAGCCAGAAAUCUGAAUCCGGUUUAAAAAAGCGUGAACCAUUUUCCGAUUGAUAAGAAUUAGGUGUUGUGAAUACGUCACAUUCGCCAUAUCCGGUUCGGUUUCCUUGUUAACCGGUGGUUAAACAGUGUUUUCGCCAUCUUUGGGAGUUUUUAGAGUCUUCGAGAUCGCGCUUUGAGCUCCCCCGUGGAUGCAUAAUACAUAUUCUUAAUAUCUUGAGCUGCCUGCAAUUAAAUGGACACCAUUGGGUUUGUAGAUGAAAAGAGCGAGAGCAGAUUAUAUGUUGGAAACUUGGAUCUUAGAAUAAACGAGGCUGCGUUGAUAAAGAUGUUUUCUCCAUAUGGGAAGAUCAUAUCAGAAGACUUCCUCUGGCACACACGCGGUCCAAAGAAAGGAGAGCCACGCGGCUAUGCUUUCAUUCAAUACAGCUCUAAAGAGGAAGCUGAAUUGGCUAAGGAGAAGAUGCAUGGGAGAUUAGCUUGUGGUAGGCCCUUGGUGGUUCGUUUUAGUGACAAGCUUCUAGAGGAUUCCUCUCAUGAUCGUCCUAAAAGAUUAUUACCAGAAGCAAACAGAACGAGGUCUGCAAGUGGAAGCAGCUCAGGACAAAUGAGCCGAGAUGAAAAAGUAGCUGCCAUUAAGAACAAACUCAAAGCGUUGGAGGAAGAUGAGAAACAACGAGAUCCCAAGAAACUGAAGAGCUAAAGAUCCCUUUGAAACACAAAACAAACUUGAUGUAAAAGAGAGUUGAAAUGUUUUUUUUUUCGAAGUUAAACCAAAUUAAAUUUGGAGGAAUGGUAUCCUGUUUUAGUAGUGGUGUUCUGCCCCGUACGUACGGGUAAAUUUUUUUUUAAAUUUGAUAUCAAAAUCAAGAUGUAUUAACACAACA